CUAAAAAAAAGCAAGACCCCGUCGUCUCAGUGUUUGGGACCGCUUAGCUCCAGUCACAAGCAACCGAGCCAAGACCUCACCAAACAACUGGAGUUAUGUGUGCUUUGCAAUAUCACCCACUGUACAGACUGUAUCGAAUUGCGCUGCUUUCUCGUGGAAUCUGCGAUUAAUGUGACGUUCACUGUAAUGCCUGCAAAUCUUCGGACUGGACUUGCAGACGGCGGAGACUUGAUAAACUGAUGUACGUCGCGCGCUGGCUACAGCAACGUAUCGAACAUUACCUUGGACAAAUAGUGUCACAGCAUUUACAACUUACUUCACUCACUAUAUAAAUAAUUUGGUCCAUUUGAUAGAACUUCAAACUUCUAGAGCAACAACAACUUUUCAAAUUCAAAUCCAAGUUUACAUAAAGCAAACAGGUGCGCACUUGCAUCUGAAUCAGCGGGGCGCGCGAGACAGCCGUUUGUUUAAGUUAUACUUUUAGGCAUUUCAUGAAUUUUAUGACAGUUCAUUUUAUUUUCCUACUAGGACUUUUGGAUGAUAUUAUGUGGAUUAUGCUCUGCGUCUAUACUCUACAAAUGUGUCCAAAACAGCAUUGGUGCCGUCCAAACGAGUAUACAUGGUGAUACAAAACGUCCGGUCAACAGUGCUUUGUAAUCGCCGUCUGCCACUAAUCCAAAUGAUCCUUCCAUUAUUAAUCCUACUUCUAUCGCUUCUGCAACGGCAUGGCUUGGAAGCUGAAUCAAGUCACAUCAGCAAAUUCCAACAGCCAAGUUUAAAGGAACACAACGGAGUCCAAGAUUCCCAGCAUGAGAAGGUAAUCACCGUCACAGGAGAGGGAGUGAUCCACAGUCCGGACUUCCCACUCACCUACCCCAGGAGUACUGUUCAGGUCUGGAGACUCGUGGCCUCUGGAGACAACAGAAUCCAGUUGUCCUUCGACGAGAGGUUCGGCCUAGAAGACCCCGAGGAUGGAAUAUGCAAGUAUGAUUUUGUGGAGAUUGAGGAGCCAUCUGAAGACACCAUCCUAGGCCGCUGGUGUGGGUCAGAGGCACCAGCCAGCCACACAUCCAAAGGCAGUCAGAUCCGAGUGCGAUUCAUCUCUGACGAGUACUUCCCCUCUGAGCCUGGCUUCAGAAUCCACUACUCCCUGCACCCAGUGAUUUCAUCGAAGCCUCAGGUAACGCCACCUCCAUCUCUCCAGAGCGCGGAUGUGCUGUCCGAGGCUGUGGCUGGUCUUAGCACUGUGGAGGAAGUCAUGAAGUACCUGGAGCCCGAGCGAUGGCAGCUGGACAUGGAUGAGCUGUAUAAGCCCACUCGGCACAUCCUAGGAAAAUCUUUCCUCCUCAACAAGAAAUCCAAAGGAAUGGAUCUCAAUCUGUUGAAAGAAGAGGUGAAGCUGUACAGUUGCACGCCACGCAACUUCUCAGUCUCCCUUCGUGAAGAGCUCAAGAAGACAGAUGCCAUUUUCUGGCCUAGCUGCCUCCUGGUGAAGCGAUGUGGGGGCAACUGUGCCUGCUGCUCACACCGUUGCUACGACUGCCAAUGUGUGCCCACAAGGAUCGUGAAGAAGUACCAUGAGGUCCUCCUGCUGAAGCAUCGUAGUGGAGGACGAGGCCUUCAGAAGUCCAUAGCCGAUGUUUCCCUGGAGCACCACGAGGAGUGUGCCUGUGUGUGCAAGGACGACUGGGACUGAUCUAAAGCUGUUUGUAGCAGCGCCACUGACUUCCCAGGAGACACUUGAGAGGGAGCAAAUGAGUCUGUUUUGCUUGCACUACUAUCCUCCUGCUAAUUAAAUGAGAGUAAAAAAAAAACUGACUGGAUCUACUUCCUAUGUGGAUGGAUCUGGCCGCUGUGGACUACUUUUGGUUGGCUUUGAGUGCAGUAAGGGGCAGGAGAUUGAUAAGACUGAACUUGAAUGGCGGAUCAAACAAAUGAUUUGCUCUUGGAAGGCUCUCUCUCUCUGCUUCUAAUAGAUAAGUAGGUGCUAAGAGACAUCUUUUGGCAGCCUCAGUCUAAGUAGCCAUUCUUGUUAAAAGUCAACACACGUGGCCUGACAGUUUCUCAGAAAAUGUAUUUUUCAUUCAAGUACUUUUAUCAUGUACUUAAGUGAGCUGCUUCUUGGCCAAUCCUUCUGGUACUUUAUUAUUCAUAUUAGAAGAAAGGUCCUUUUUUUAUCAGUGAUUCCCCAGUUCUUUUCCCUCUGUUUUCAACAGUUAUAUCUCUGGAGUGAAUUAAUGAUUAUAUUGUUGAGUCUUACUGGUGCAAACUGUAUUAUGUGUAAAUAUUUCAUUUUAAUGGGUUUCUUAUGUACCAUCAUAUUUUUCUACCAAAGAAACUCUUAUUAAUUGUGGAAAUACAGUUGCACACUAUCUGGUUCUUGUGUUUUUAGUGUGUUUUAAUGUACAUACCGUCUCAGCAAAGGCGUCAAAUCCGCUUGCUUCAGAACUUAGUAUAAUCCCAAGUAGUGCUUGGAACACUAGAUUAUUAGCUAUUAGAUAUUUAUUUGUUCAAUGGAAGGGAAGUUGUUGUCCAAUGUUUUUUCAUGCUGAAAUUGUAGUUACUCAGUUACUGUAGUAGUCAUUUGCACACUAGGUGCGUGUGCAUCUUCAGUGUUAUUCAUUUCUAUGACCACACCUGGGAGUUCUCUUGUCUGCAUACCAAAGUUAUUGAACAUGAUGGCUGAUGAUGUAUUGUGUUGUGUGUAUCAGACAGAACUAAUAAAUCAGCACCACCGAGCACACCGCCACACGGACAAACGCAUGUUGAAUUCCCAAUGUGUUAUCACUUUGCCUUCAGUCAUCUAGAAGCAGAACUCCAACAGAUUAUUUUUUUUCCCUUUGGUUACGUUGCAGCCCAUGAGUUCAAAUGGGAAUACAGCGUCAGAUUAUGUUUGUUUAUUCAACACAGCUGUUGUUUAAUAUCAAAACCAAAUGACCUGAAGUGCAUUUUGUACGCACACGAUGCUGUACUGAACAACCCAUUGGAAAAACAUUUGAAUAUAGUCUGCUACAUCACAUGGCCACACCCUCACUACUCUGGCCAUGGUUCAUCCACCAAACAGGAGAAAACCUACAAACCUACAAAUUGUAAAGAAAAACAGAAUGCAAUGAUGUACAAAUCAUUUAAACCCUAUAUUCAAUAGGAAAUGGUACAAAGACAACAUAUCAAAUGUUGAAACUGAAAAAUGUUAUGUCAAAAAUAAUGUCAAAAACAUAUGCCCGCUUUGAAUUUGAUGCCAUUGACACAUUUAAAAAAAGCUGGGACAGGACCAACAAAAGA